AUGGGUCACGCCGCAGGUGGCCAUAGUUCACAUUUUAUCGACGAAUCACGUAGAGGUGGGCAGUCAGGCGGCGGGGAUCCGGCGGCGGGGGACACGAAAGAUGGAAUUUUGACGGUAGCUGAGAACGGAGGAGGAAUUGAAAGCCCGUCGCCACACGCCGCCAUUCGGCCUUCCCAAACUUCCGAAGCCUUCGGAGGCGGACUACUUUCCUCUGGCGGUGGCGAUCUCGUUUUAGUUCUCCCGAUCUCCGCAGUCUACACGGUGCAUAGCAGCGCGAGAUCCUUUCUCGCCACCCAUCGUGGGCCGUGGCUCGGUGGGGCUCCGGCGUUUGAUUUGUCCUCCUCAUUACUUUCUUCUCCGUGCGACCAGCCGGCGAGGACAGCUGCUGUGAGCUUGUCAGUGUGUUCUCUCUUCCAAUCCGUGAAGAAUCUAAAGAUUCGAUUGAAUAUUAUGGAUUGGAAGAAAGUGAGCAAUGCUACUGCUAGUAGCUCAAGUGUGCCAAUUACUAAGAAGCGACUUCCAAAGAAAAUUAGACAGGUGCCUGACUACUAUUUUCUUCCACGAAGGUCCUUACCUUCUGCAUUUGCAUUUUAUGGUGCGUGUUGUGCUGCUGGAGUUGGAGCAGGAAUGAUACUUGAAGUUUGGAUUAAGAAAAAGAUCAAAGAGGAUGGAGGCGUCAUUUGGGAGUUUUGACUAGCACCACAAGCCAUUUUUCGACAUAUAUCGAUGCGCCAAUUCCAAGUCGUACACUUGAAGUGAUCAGCAGAUUGUCAUUUCAUAGAAUUAUUUGUAAAUUUCAUCCUUAUUUGUAGGCAUUCAUUUUCUGAGCUUUUGUUGCAUUGCAUUAACAAACCUUGUGAGGGCUGAUGUUUUUGUUUUCUUAUUCAGCAUUCAGUUUUAUGAUCAACUUUUAUCUCCAUACAUGUAAAAAAGAUCCUGAUUAAUAAAUCUUGAUUUAUUGGCCAUCAA